AUGUAUAUAUUAAUAGCUGGAAUGGCGAUACUUACAACAGCUCGUGCCUUUCCUUAUACCCUGAGGGUGCCAUCGCAGAUAGUGCCGAUUGAGGGAUGCAAUGGCCCGCUGGGUUUCAUCUGCCAAAUAAAUGCUACAGCUCAUCAACCAAGGAUGGCGGAUCCUUCUCCGAUGCCGAUGGAAUACGAUGAAGACGAGCAUUCUUAUUAUUAG